AUGCUGAACUUGUACCAAUUUAUUCUCAAUGAUUUCCAAUUAGAUCCAUUUUUCUAUAAUUGCACAAAUCGAAAGAUUCAUGAAAUUGAUAGACCUUUUAUUGGCUAUUAUUUUCUAAUAUCCGGAAGUGUUCUAAUCGUAAGAUCUGGUUUUCAGCAAAGAAUAAUCGAAUAUAAUUAAAAUUAUUUUCAGAUUAUUUAUCUAUCCGCUCUAAUUGUUAUUGUUACUUCGGAUCUAAUGAAAUUUGCCUCUUAUAAAAUGAUGUGCUAUUUAGGAGUUCUGGAAGUAUACUGUAUUUUUUGCAACUCGGUAAUAACUGGAUAUCUUGGAAUACAUGGCGCAAACUUUUGCACACAUCCUAAAUUUAUGUUCGUAAUUGGAGUUUUUGUAGUGGGAUGCUGGAAUGGAACAUGUUUGACUUGUGUAUUCUUAACACUUUCAAGAUGUUGUGAUUUGAACGCGAAAUUGAAAAUGAAAGUUAUCUUUGAGGGAAAAGCUCUUUAUGUCGUUUUUGCAAUAAUCAAUGUUUAUACUAUUUAUUCGAUAGUUUUCACCAGUCCUCUUCUUUUUGAUAGUUCCAGAAUGGGUUGGUUCACAAAUCCAAUGAUUGGCCUACCAUCAAAUAACUAUACCAACAUAAUUCAUACAAUCAAUAAUAUAUGCGACACAAUUCUAUCGUUUAUUCUAUACGCCUAUUUAUGCUAUCUUUUGAAAGUAAACAAUCAAACUUCGCAAAAUGAAAAUGUUCUUCGUACUCAAUCUCAAAUUUUCAUUCAAUCAAUUCUUAUCUGUUUUUUCAACACAACUGCGGCGAUAAUAUAUGUCUGGAUGCAAUUUUAUAUAGUUUCACCGAAUGUUGUUCUAUUUGCUCAAAUAGUUUGGCAAUGGGCACAUGGUGAUUAGUUUUCAGGAUUUUUUAUCAAAAAAGUUCAAAUGUUUCAGGAUCUGUUGGAAUUGUUUAUAUAACUGUUAACAAAACCGUUCGACAAAAAUUAGUGAGAACUCUGAGAGCUACAUUCUGUUGUCAAAAGUAUUCUCAAAUCCACCCAACUACUGUAAUUAUUGUUUGUCAGAAUGUUGGAACUACUAUGAGUCACGCUAGUGUUGACACAAUUUAUGCCUGA